ACUAAAAUUUCUCGUAGUAAUCGUUCAGUUUUUGUUCGUGAUAUUUCUCAGUUAUCAAUUUUGCCUGAACAUGGGUUUAUAGAAAAUGCGCUUCAAGAACAAAAUCCUGUAUAUAUUAGAUUAUAUGUAACUGAAAUUGAUAGUGAUGUUGAAAAAAAAACCAAAUCUGAUAAUAAAUCAUUAAAAAGAAAAGCAAUGCUUCUUGAAUCUGAAGGCUGGGAAACUGUACAAUCAAUUGUACAACAACUUGGUCAAAAAUUAAAAAGUACUACUUCAAAUUUACAAAAUACAUGUAAAAAGUUAUCCCAGACACAAGCAAAAAUUUUAACAUUGCAAGAACUAUUAGAAAAUGAAUCUAAUUCAUCAAGUGAUGAAGAAAUUUAUUCUAAUAGUGAUAACGAAUCAGAAGAAAUGACAAAAACUUUAAAAGAACUUAUACAACAUCUUAUUACUAAAGGAAAAUUAGGAUCCAGCAUUUUUAUAAACUUUAAAAUAAGAGUGAACAAAUUAUCUAUAAAAAUUAUUGUUACUUGUUAUUGUUGUCAAACAAAAUCAUUUUAUGGAAAUGAAAUUUCAGGUGUAAACUUUUCAGAUAUUAUAGCUGCCGCAGGAUUAGCUGGUGGAGUUAAUCACGAAGAAUGGUCAACUAUGCUAUGCUUGUAUAGAAUAAUACGCCAAAGUGGAAAAUCUCAAUAUUUUCAAAAUCAAAAAAAAUUUUUUAAUGAAAUUAAAAAUACAGCUGAAGCUAGUGCAAAUAACGCAUUACAUAUGGCUUAUUUUUAUAUUAAAAGUGUCUAUGCUGCUGUUGCAAGAUUACAAAAUUCUGAUAUUGAAUCUCCAACUGAUAAUGAUUUGUAUUUAAUGCAAAUUAAAAUAUGCACAGAUUAUCUUUCUGAUAAACACCAAAAUUGUUGGCCUGAAAUUUGCUGGAAAGUUAAAAAUCCAGAAAUUCAAUUAGUUAAUCCAAAUUUAAUUAAAUAUACUCAAAAUCAAGUAAAUGAUUUUAAAGAAUUUUUAAAAAAAAAUACAAAACUUCUCCCAAAGCAAAGUCUAAUAACCACUAUUCGAACUAGUAUGAAUGAAUCAUUUAAUCGUGUUAAACUAAAUUAUGCUGAUAAAAAAUAUGAAUUAAUAAAAAUAGGAAUUCCCGCUGCUGCAAUAUUUGCUACUUCAAAUCAGUCUUUAGAUAUACAAGAAAAAAUUUUUAGUGAAGUUGCAGUAGGUAUAAUUAAAGUCUUAUGGGCAACACCUGAAAAGUUUAUAGAAAGUUCAAAAUUUCGUCGAUUUUUGCACAAUGUUUUUCAAACCCGACAGAUAAAAGAAGAAUUUCCAUCAGCUCCACUUUUAUUACUAACUGCAACUUGUUCUUAUCAAGAAGCAUCAGAACUUGCGACAAUUUUAAACAGAACAGAUCUGAAA